AUGGUCGAGAGAAUUUCGUCAUGGCGAAUUCGACUACAUGCGACGUGCAACGAGAAGUGGUUACUACAUGACAACUGGCAAGUGCCGGCUCAGUGGUUGGACCUCGAUGAACUUCCGGCGCAAUUCCUAAGUCCAAAAUUGUGCCAAAAUUCCAAAACAAGGCCAUCCUGGCCAUUUGGUGGUCUGCCUCUGUUAAUUCCGGCUUUAAUUUUCGGUUGUAUGCCAUCUACGGCACGUCAGAACUGCUGGCUUCGAGCAGAAGCUUCUCCUUUCGUUGCGCCGGCGUCGGCGUUUCAUCCUCGUCGCGGUGUGCCGUCAGCACCGCCACCGAACGUCCGGAGCGAAUCCCAUGUGUCUAUCAAUGCCAUGGUUCCUCAAGUAGCACGACUUCCAUUGGAGACAUAG